GGCUCGGGGGCUGCUCAGACACUCCCUGGGUCCGCACACAUGAGCAGAGAACCUUCAGCUCCCGAUGGACACCCUACCUCACCGCCUGCUCCUCCUGGCCCUCGUCUCUGCCUGUGCAGGGCAAGAAGUCCCGUUGGACACAGAACUCGCCGUUACGAUUGAGAUUAGCUUUCUGCCGUCGGAUAAAAUCAUUGAGGGGGACAGCCUGGAGGUCCACUGCAGGGUCCGCCGGCCCCUACCACCUGGCCUCAAAGUCCUCGUGAUGAAGGGCCCCACCAUCCUGAAGAGCGGAUCAAAAAAAGCCUUCUGGAACACGAGCCUGGCACGAGCAGCAGAUGGUGGAAAUUAUACGUGCAAAGCAGAGGCUAACGGCAUACAGAAGAGCGUCUCGCGCUCCGUGCAUGUGGCAGAACUCACCAUUACGCCUGAGAUUAGCUUUCUGCCGUCGGAUAAAAUCAUUGAGGGGGACAGCCUGGAGGUCCACUGCAGGGUCCGCCGGCCCCUACCACCUGGCCUCAAAGUCCUCGUGAUGAAGGGCCCCACCAUCCUGAAUAGCGGAUCACAAGAAGCCUUCUGGAACACGAGCCUGGCACGAGCAGCAGAUGCUGGAACUUACAUGUGCAAAGCAGAGGCUAACGGCAUACAGAAGAGCGUCUCGCGCUCCGUACAUGUGGCAGAGUUGUUCUCGAUGCCAGUGUUGACCGUACAACCAGCAGAUGUCUUUGAAGGACAGAUGCUGACAUUUUCCUGCAAGUCUGCCCACAUAGACUCCCAAAGAAUCAACGCCAAUGAUGUGAAAUAUCACCUCUACAAGGAUGACAUCAAAGUGGCAGAUCUUCCAUCUGGAGAGUACAGAAUGUUUGCAGACUUGCGUUUCAAUGGGAAUUACUCCUGUCAGGCCAAGGCUAAAUCCGUCCAAAAAUGGAGCUCAGCGUUUGUCCUGAAAACGAAAGAACUCACCAUUACGCCUGAGAUUAGCUUUCUGCCGUCGGAUAAAAUCAUUGAGGGGGACAGCCUGGAGGUCCACUGCAGGGUCCGCCGGCCCCUACCACCUGGCCUCAAAGUCCUCGUGAUGAGGGGCCCCACCAUCCUGAAUAGCGGAUCACAAGAAGCCUUCUGGAACACGAGCCUGGCACAAGCAGCAGAUGCUGGAACUUACAUGUGCAAAGCAGAGGCUAACGACAUACAGAAGAGCGUCUCGCGCUCCGUGCAUGUGGCAGAGUUGUUCUCGAAGCCAGUGUUGUCCAUGCCACCUCCAGAUGUCUUUGAAGGACAGAUGCUGACAUUUUCCUGCAAGUCUGCCCACAUAGACUCCCAAAGAAUCAACGCCAAUGAUGUGAAAUAUCACCUCUACAAGGAUAACGUCAAAGUGGCAGAUCUUCCAUCUGGAGAGUACAGAAUAACUGCAGACGUGCAUCACGAUGGGAAUUACUCCUGUCAGGCCGAGGCUAAAUCCGUCCAAAAACAGAGCUUAGCUUUUGUCCUGAAAACGAAAGAACUCACCAUUACGCCUGAGAUUAGCUUUCUGCCGUCGGAUAAAAUCAUUGAGGGGGACAGCCUGGAGGUCCACUGCAGGGUCCGCCGGCCCCCACCACCUGGCCUCAAAGUCCUCGUGAUGAGGGGCCCCACCAUCCUGAAUAGCGGAUCACAAGAAGCCUUCUGGAACACGAACCUGGCACAAGCAGCAGAUGCUGGAACUUACAUGUGCAAAGCAGAGGCUAAUGACAUACAGAAGAGCGUCUCGCGCUCCGUGCAUGUGGCAGAGUUGUUCUCAAUGCCAGUGUUGACCGUACAACCAGCAGAUGUCUUUGAAGGACAGAUGCUGACAUUUUCUUGCAAGUCUGCCCACAUAGACUCCCAAAGAAUCAACGCCAAUGAUGUGAAAUAUCACCUCUACAAGGAUAACAUGAAAGUGGCAGAUCUUCCAUCUGGAGAGUACAGAGUAACUGCAGACGUGCAUCACGAUGGGAAUUACUCCUGUCAGGCCGAGGCUAAAUCCGUCCAAAAACGGAGCUCAGCGUUUGUCCUGAAAAUUAAAGUCUUCACCAUAAACAAAGUGACACUGACGAUUUUACCAGCCACUGAGGUACAGAGAGACACUGACGUCGAGCUCAAAUGCGACUGUGCUGCCAACGUGUCCAAGAUGGCCACCCUAACCUACCAAUAUAGCUUCUAUAAAUACGAGCAGCUGAUACACGCAGAAAACCACAGCUUCAGCCACCUGAGCCACCGCCUGCAUGCGGUCAGGGUUCCCACCUCUGGAUUGUACUCCUGUGAGGUCAAGAUCCUGACUGCCAGCAAGAGGAGCGAGGCAGAGUUUCUCAGAGUCACAGGUGUGGAGACUCCCUCUCUGAAAGUGUCCAGCGGUGAAAUCUUUGAGGGGGAGGAACUAAGUGUUGAGUGCAGAGCCCCCAAGGAGGAGGGUCCCUUCUCCUUCAGUUUCUACUACAACGCGACCCUCUUUCACACGAACUCCAGCAAAGAAAACUUUCUGUCGACCAAGCUGAAGUUUGAGCAGGCAGGAAAGUAUGAAGUGCACUGUAACUAUAAACUAAUGCUAUUCCAGGCAACAUCGGAGAAGAGCAACAGGGAGGCGGUGACUGUGCGAGAGUUGUUCUCGAAGCCAGUGUUGUCCAUGCCACCUCCAGAUGUCUUUGAAGGACAGAUGCUGACAUUUUCCUGCAAGUCUGCCCACAUAGACUCCCAAAGAAUCAACGCCAAUGACGUGAAAUAUCACCUCUACAAAGAUAACGUCAAAGUGGAAGAUCUUCCAUCUGGAGAGUACAGAAUAACUGCAGACGUGCAUCACGAUGGGAAUUACUCCUGUCAGGCCGAGGCUAAAUCCGUCCGAAAACAGAGCUUAGCGUUUGUCCUGAAAACGAAAGUCCUGGUGUCCGAGCCCCUGAUCGAGGCCUGGGGGAAUGUGAUCCUGGGGAGGCCCUUUUCCAUUGUAUGCCAGAGUGUGCGAGGCAGCCUGCCCAUCACCUACACUUUGCUGUUUAAGGGGAACGCGGUCAGCAGCUUCAUUGUGCACUCGCCUCAGGACCGAGCCAUCUUCAACAUUACCAGCAUGACCAUCAAUUCAAGGGAAGAGAUCCGCGAUUUCAAAUGCUUUGCCCAGAACUUUGGGGACAAGUCAAAGAGGCCUAGCCUUGCACUCAACACUACAGUCACAGAGCCAGUGUCGGAUCCACAGCUUACGGCCAUGACCAGCACCGGAAACGUGGUUGAAGGGAAAGAGCUAAUCCUCUUCUGCACUGUCAAAGACGGCUCCCCUCCCUUCACCUUUGAAUGGUACCAUAACGGGGAGAUCAUCAAUAGCAGCACCACGGAUGAGAGGAAGCACAGCUACACUUUGAGCAAAAUAGAGCACAAGCAGGGAGGGAGGUAUUACUGCCAGGUUCAGAAUAAUGAGACGGAGAGCCGGCGGAGCGAGGAAAUCACAGUGACAGUGAAAAAUGCCCCAUGGAAGACUGCCGUGACUGGCUCCACCAUAGUCCUACUGCUCAGCAUCAUCACGUUUUCCUUGAUCUACUGCAUAGAUAAAAAAGGCAAGAGAAAAGAGAAAGAAACUGAGCUCUAUCUCAAGGCAUCGAAGUUUAAAUCAGACGUCUCUGUAGCUGUAACUCCUGCCCACACAGGAUAUAAUAAAGCGUCCCAUUCAGUUGUCAGCGACAAUGAGGAACGGUCUACCUGCCCGUCAUCUGGCACCAGUGCCUUUUACGCUCCUCGGGGAACAGAGAGCUCAGACGACGCCUUGCUGAAGGACCAGAAAUCAUCACAAGAAGAUGACCGGAACCCCAAUAACUGCACUGAAAAGUCAGCGCUGGUGUGCUGUACAGGAACGCCUACAGUCCCAGCCAAUCGCAGUGAAGGUGCUGUUGACACUGGCUCUGUUCUGUAUGCCCAGCUAAACCAUGACAGAGAGAACCCAAAGCAGAUACCUUCUCCACCAUAAGAGUCAGGAACCUGGAACAAUAGGCUGGAACCUCAUGCAGCUUUACUCAGAUGCUUUGGCACACACUUAACAUUUGCAUUUGAAGUAAUGCAUACAAACAUCACCACACAAUGGAUUUCCUGCAAAAAUGAGGGGCAGGUUGCGCAAUACACCUUAAGAUUUUCCAAGUUAAGGUUUUGCACAGAACACCCUUAAGUCUUCUCUUGAAGGUUUCCUUAAAAUGUUCACCUAAGUAUUUAAGCUUUCGUCCAUUUCUUGGCCUUAUACUUCCCUUAACGUUGCACAAAAUACUUUAACAACUAAAGUAAGGAAAAUAAAUUAAGGUACCCCUGACUGUUGUCACGAUCGCCAUUAAAAGCGGGCGAUCGAACAUGCAGGAGAGCGGGCAAGGUCGGGGAAACCGGGGAUUUAUUUGGGAACCGGGCAGCAGGAAACAUCUGACGCUGACAACAUCAAUGCCAAUGCCAAUCAGGGAAGCACACGUGGAUAAUCAGGGGGCGUGGCACACACAAGGAUUGUACGAGCUGGGCGUGACAGAACUCCCCCCCAAAGGCGCGCUCUCUGGGCACGCCUCAGGGGAGGCGACGGACGAGACGAGGGGAAACCAGGACCUGGAAAACAAGGAAAAAAAAAAAAAAAAAAAAAACAUUAACGAGCAACAAGGAACAGAACAGACAGACCUGGCACAGGGGAAGAAACCAAGACAGGACCUGACACAAGAUGGGAAAAGCGGACAGACAGAUCAGGAAAGGGGAUACAGAGGGAGCAGGCGAGACAAGAGGGCCAGGAGUGAAAGGAGGGAACACCGGGGAACGAGGAGCAGAAACAGGAGGAACAAAGGGACGAGGGACAAAGAGGAGGGACAAAGACGGGAGGAGGAGCAAACAAUGGAGGAACAGGGGCAGGAGAGCAGGGAGAGAAGGAGGGGGAAUAAAGGGGAGCCCAAGGGAGCCCCAGCGGGCGAUGGGUGGCAGCUGGAGGGGCUGCAGGCGGAGGGGACAAGGGAGCUGGAGGGGACCCUGGCGAGGGCAAGGGGGGGGGGGGGGGUCACCACAGCAGGCGGCGACGUCCUCCGACGCGCCAGAGUGAGGGGAACCGCAGGCGACGGAGGAGCCGACAAGGCACCGGAGCGGGGAGCGAGGCAGGGCGAUGAGGCCGUGGAGGGGGACCCGCAGGCGACAGCCGACCCGGAGGGCCAGGACCCACAGGCGCCGACCGAGCCCCAGCACAGGCGAGGGAGGACGAGCCAGGGGGCAGGGUGGGAGGGACCACAGCCCUAUGUCUGUGUCCUCUCCCAUUACGGGACACAGACAUGAAGACCCUAGGUCAGAGUCGAGCUCGCCGGGGCGAAGGUGAAGGAGUCAUCAGGAGGGUCCCCGAGGGGUCCUUUCAGCUCCUCUAUCUCCAAGGAGGGAGGAGCGGUGGUCGAACUGUCCGGGACCUCCUCGGGGACUAGGGCAGGAGGGACAGGAAUGGGGCAAGGGACAGGAGCUACAGGGGGCACAGUCACUAGCUGAGGGAGCGCCCCAGACGUGGGCGCUGGAGCCGCGGGUGGCGGCUCGGGCUGCGCAGCAGGGGCCGGGGCCCUCCGGAGCUGGAUCAGCCUCCUGAGGCCCUCUGCUAAUCUCUCCAGAUCCUCCUGCGGAGAGGAGGGAGAGAAUGCAGUGAAGUAACGCUGUAGCUGCGCAGCCAGCUGGUCCUCCUCUGGGGAGCCCUGUAUGGCCGGCUCGUCCAUCACCCUCCAAUAAAGUCCCUGUAUCGAUUCGCGAGGGCUGCGGGUGUAGCCGGAACCACCAGCGGAGGCGCAGCGGUUGCAGCUGGCAGAGGCGAAGGGAGUGCCUCGGGCUGGUCGGCUGCAGGACGGGCAGGUCCCGCGCAGGAGAGACGGGCGUGGCCCCUUUAAGGGUGCAGGGCACACGCGAGAUAGCGUCCGCACCGCUCUAGCCCUUCUAUUAGCCAGCCGCUCGGGCCAGAAGAAAUACCGCUCGAGGGGCGGCGGCAGCUCCUCCGUAACUGGCUCCCGUUCAUGGAGCAGGAGGAGUUCCUCCUCCUCCUCGCUCCCAGGAGGGAGCCAAAGCCUGGCGAGAGAACAAGCUCCCAGGCUGAUCGUCGGCUCAUCGGGUCUCCCUCUCCUUUCGGUCCGUCAUUCUGUCACGAUCGCCGUUAAAAGCGGGCGAUCGAACGUGCAGGAGAGCGGGCAAGGAGCAGGCAAGGUCGGGGAAACUGGGGAUUUAUUUGGGAACCGGGCAGCAGGAAACAUCUGACGUUGACAACAUCAAUGAUGGACAAGGAACCAACACAAGACACAGACUGAAAUACACAAGACUGGGCAAACAUAAUCAGACACAGCUGGGUACAAUCAGGGAAGCACACGUGGAUAAUCAGGGGGCGUGGCACACACGAGGAUUGUACGAGCUGGCGUGACAACUGUGUCUUAACCUCAACAUGGCUGAGUUUAUGACGAUAAAUGAAGAAAAUGAAAACAUCCAGAGAUGAGUGUCCGGUGACUGGAAGCGUCCCAUGAAUAUGAUUAAUGGUGAUCGAUUGAUUUUACCUGACCGGCAGUCAGUUUAUGAUUUUCAUGCAUAUUUUAUUUACAUGUUUAUAAGUCAUUUUUAGAUCUGAUUAGCGCAUCAGUCUUUCGAUUGCAGAAUAAAUAACAGUGUAACAUUAUCCCACUGAUUAUUUCUGUCAGGUUUCACCCUGGGCACCGGCAGUAUUAGACAGAAGUACAUUGGUUAUGGAACGAGUUUUCUGAUUCAGAAACAUGCAAAAAUGCAUUUAAUGCAACAGAGAUACAACAAUAAUUCUAUCUGCUCAAUUUUUCCUCCACUACUUCUCUUUUCCCAGUACUUCCGCAUAUCUCCCAAGUUAAUAUUGGUGUUUGUCGUCAGCCAUUCAGCAAAACUUAUCGCUACAUGCUCAUAGUGAACACAAUACAGUAAGGAACACAGUGGAUUUGGACACGCGCAUAACUUCCGCUUUGCGCUUUACGCUUUACGAUUUACAUUAGAGCGUCAAAAUAGAUUACUUCACUUCACAUGAAUGUAGAGUGCUGAAUUUUCAUCGGUUUGUAAAAGGCAAAUAAACAUAAUUUAUGCAUUUCAGGAG